UGCACACGACGGGAUGUUUGUUAUUGUGAUCAAACGGACGCCAAAGUCUUUCCGUACAUCUCAAGAACUCCGCUGUCGUUUUUACUAUUUUCGUCUUCUCUUCUUCGUUGAUCGCGAAACCCUAAAAUAUUAAAUCCCCAAUCGAAGCAGCUUUCUUUCUCAGUUUUGUUCAAUUAACCGCUCGAAUUGAUCAUCAGCUUGAAACUUGUGCAGGGACUUGAGGAAUUGUAUGGAGAUAUUUGAGGGGACAGUUCCUCGUUCGUCCCUUCCGAAGAUAGACAAACACCAACCCCAAUUCCGUUAUGAUGACGAGUAUGAUGGGUCUGAUUGGCCGGAGCCAGAACACUGCGGGAAAGUUAGUUACCCGGCAGUAGCAUCCAAGCCCGAGAUGCAUGACUAUUCGUACCAGUUUCCCCUGGAAUCCAAAGAUUUUGUUGAUGGCAGUGGGUAUGAUUCGAGCGAAGAGCCUUGUGAUUUACCUCAGAAUAAUAUGCAACCUGAGGUUAAUUUGAAGAAUGUGCUGACUGGGGUAUUUUCCAUUCUGACUGGCCGGAACAAAGCGCCUGGUCUUCCAUCAGACAAGCAGCUACCCAAUUCGAAUGUUUCGUUUUUGGGCUCAGAAAAGAAUGGUGAUACCUACGUGCACUCGUCGGUUUACAUACCCAGUGCCCCACCCCUUCUUGAGCCAACAGCCUUUAAUUACAAUGCGUACAAAGAUGUUUUGGAAGCUGAGCCCCCUGAGUGGCUUCCUGAUAGUUCGACUACAGUUUGCAUGCAGUGCACUUUGACUUUCACUGCACUUGCUCGUGGGAGGCAUCAUUGUCGGUUCUGUGGAGGCAUUUUCUGCAGAACAUGUAGUAAAGGAAGGUGCUUGUUGCCUGUCAAGUUUAGGGAGAGGAAUCCUCAGAGGGUCUGUGAUGCCUGCUAUGAUAGGCUAGAUCCUUUACAGAGUGUUCUAAUUAACAGCAUUAGCAAUGCUGCGCAAGCGGCAAAGCACGAUGUCAUGGAUUGGACUUGUACAAGAGGAUGGUUAAAUCUUCCAGUUGGGUUUUCCAUGGAACAAGAGAUAUACAAAGCAUCCAACACAUUGAGAAGUUAUUCCCAGGUUGCUAGGUUGAAUCCUGAGAGGUCCAUACCUGCAGCAGUUCUCGGAGGAGCCAAAGGUCUGGCAAUCUUAACGGUUGCAAAAGCUGGUGCGCUUCUCUCAUACAAACUCGGUACUGGUUUGGUAAUUGCUCGAAGGUCAGAUGGAUCAUGGUCUGCUCCAUCAUCCAUAUUUUCUGUUGGCUUAGGAUGGGGUGCACAGAUUGGGGGUGAGCUCAUGGACUUCAUAAUCGUGCUUCAUGAUUUAAAAGCUGUGAAAACAUUUUGUAGUCGCAUGCAUUUUUCUCUUGGUGCUGGGUGUAGUGCUGCAGCAGGACCUAUUGGUAGAGUGCUGGAAGCAGACAUGCGUGCUGGAGACAGAGGUUCUGGAGUGUGCUAUACAUACAGUUGUAGCAAAGGUGCAUUUGUUGGAGUAUCAUUGGAAGGGAACAUUGUGGCCACUAGGAUGGAUACCAAUCUACAGUUUUAUGGUGACCCUUACUUGACGACUUCUGAUAUACUACUCGGACCUGUGGACAGACCAAAAGCGGCUGAGCCCCUGUAUACGGCCCUGAAAAACCUGUACUCCUGUCUACAGUGCUAGUUCCGGCUGCAUCUCCGAAGUCUACGUGUUUAAGCUUUCUGUGCAGAACGCGAUCGAUGGGGUUCGUGAUUCUUUUCUUAAUAUUUCACCUUUGGUAUGAAACUGUACAUUAAAGUUAAUAGAAUGAAGAUUCAUGCCCGACAGUUAUUAUUAUUAUUUUUUUUACCCCAAUUGUGAAAUCACUUGGAACUCCUCUUGUAUAUAAGCAACCCAUAUAUGUAUACAUAUCAAAUUAUUUGACAAUGCAGCGCUGCACCGUAUUACUCGC